AUACAAACAAUCAAAGUCGCCUUAGACUUUUUUAUUCAAUUCAAUUUGUGAAAACUAAGAAACGGCUUGCAUUUCGUUCUUCGAUAUCAGAUAUUUUUGACGCAAUUUGUACAACUGUUCGUUCAUCACAUCUAAUUGAACAGGAAAAUGCAAAAGAAAUUUACGGUUGAUACUGGUUAUCCAUACAAAAUAUGGAAAACGAAACCACCUGGCGAAGAACAGCGAGAAUUAAAUCGCCUGUUUGAGGAAGGAAAAAUCAGUGAAUCAAUGACUGCUGAUUUCGUUCGAGAGAAGUGGCAUAUCUUUCAAAGCGUCUCUCCUAAAGUGUUUGCGACUCAUUUUCGUACGACGAAAGCAAAAUUUGGCCGGAAUUUGCAAACCGGAUCAUCGCAAAACAUGGACCGUAAAGAGUCAUCUGCAGUACAACAUCGCCCUUCAGUUACGAUCAAGAACCCACCGAUUGUCACUUAUAUGCAUGCGGAUCAUGAGAAAAAGCUUGACUUUGUUGUUGUCGUAAUGGCUCCGUUUUCUGGUACCCACGACUUCAAAUUUAAAUUGUCGGAUGAUGGAGCCUCGGUGACUGUGACGUACACGUGGCCUCUUGCUUUGUACACGCCUGAGUUGCUGUUUGAAGACCUACCGAAAACACACCCUAUGGUUCAGUCGUUCACCUCCUACUUGCUGCAAGCUGGCAUUACCGGUAAGUCCGAGCCACCACAGGGCUCAAUGACGGUUAAAUUGCCUUGCAGAGUUCAACGAGAGAUCAGCGAUUUUAAAAAUUGCAUCGUGGUGGAUGAGGAUGACACGAAAUUGAUUAUGAUGGAAUUCGUGGCAUACCAUACAUAUUUUCGUCCUAAUUAUUAUGAUCACUAAAUAUCCUGGUUGUACCAGCUUUAACUCUUUGAGUUGAUUAGUGAAUGUUUACUUUUAUUCGUGAAAUAAAUAGUUGGGAGUAUC